AUAUAGGAUUGAAGAUAUCUCAGUGAAGUCCAUAAGCAAAGGAUGGUCUCUUGGAACCUCCAAAAAUUUAAAAUCAUGAAGAAUCUGUUAUUGCUACUGUUGUGUGUUGUUAUUGUUAAGUCGCAAGAUCAACUUUAUGACGAUUUGGAUGAAGGAGACAGAGCUGUGGCCACUGUGGAUGCACGUGGUCACCGGCCACGUGACAAGAAGAGGGAAGAGGCUCCCAGCCUGAGACCUGCUCCACCUCCCAUCAGUGGAGGUGGCUAUCAGCCUCGUCCAAUCAAAAAAGCAGCAGGCCAAAAGAAAGUAGAAAGAAAGGCCCCUGAUGCUGGGGGCUGUCUUCAUGCUGACCCAGACCUGGGAGUGUUGUGUCCUACAGGAUGUCAGUUGCAAGAUACUUUGGUAAAACAGGAAAGGCCAAUCAGAAAAAGUAUAGAAGAGUUAAAUAACAAUGUGGAGUCUGUGUCCCAGUCCUCUUCUAGCACCUUUCAGUAUAUAACUCUGCUAAAAGAGAUGUGGAAAAACAGGCAGAAACAAAUACGAGAUAAUGAAAAUGCAAUAAAUGAGUACUCCUCAGAGCUGGAAAAGCACCAAUUAUAUAUAGAUGAAACUGUGAAUAGUAAUGUCCCAACUAACCUUCGUGUGCUCCGUUCAAUCCUGGAAAACUUGAGAAGCAAAAUACAAAAAUUAGAAUCAGAUGUCUCCGCUCAGAUGGAAUACUGCCGCACCCCAUGCACAGUCAGUUGCAAUAUUCCUGUGGUGUCUGGCAAAGAAUGUGAGGAAAUUAUCAGGAAGGGAGGUGAAACAUCUGAAAUGUAUCUCAUUCAGCCUCUCAGUUCUAUCACACCAUACAGAGUAUACUGUGAUAUGACCACAGAGAGUGGAGGAUGGACAGUAAUUCAGAACCGUCAAGAUGGUAGUGUUGACUUUGGCAGGAAAUGGGAUCCGUAUAAACAAGGAUUUGGAAAUAUUGCAACCAAUGCUGAUGGGAAAAAAUACUGUGGUCUACCAGGGGAGUAUUGGCUUGGAAAUGAUAAAAUUAGCCAGCUUACCAACAUGGGACCCACAGAACUUUUGAUCGAAAUGGAAGACUGGAAAGGCGACAAGGUGAAGGCCCUUUAUGGAGGAUUCACUGUACAGAAUGAGGCCAACAAAUACCAACUCUCCGUGAGCAAAUAUAAGGGAACAGCUGGCAAUGCACUCAUAGAAGGAGCUUCUCAACUGGUUGGAGAGAAUCAAACUAUGACCAUUCACAACAGCAUGUACUUCAGCACGUACGACAGGGAUAAUGAUGGCUGGAUAACUGCAGAUCCCAGAAAACAGUGUUCUAAAGAAGAUGGUGGUGGAUGGUGGUAUAAUAGAUGUCAUGCAGCCAAUCCAAAUGGCAGAUACUACUGGGGUGGACAUUACAGCUGGGACAUGGCGAAACAUGGCACAGAUGAUGGAGUGGUAUGGAUGAAUUGGAAGGGGUCCUGGUAUUCAAUGAAGAAGAUGUCUAUGAAGAUCAGACCCUUCUUCCCACGGCAAUAACCCCCAAAACAUAAAUUUUUAUUCUUCUAUAUAUAACACAUUUUUGUAUAUUAUGUCAUUGGAAUAUCCUUUCACACAUUAUAUUCCUCUAAAACUAUCAAAAGGUUGUGAGUGUGACUUUUUGGGAAAAGUUUAGGCUAAACGAUAUUAAAAAUGGCACAUGAGUUUCUUUUGUAUUAUUCAUUUGUAUUAUCUCAUUGAGAACUAACUGAAACAAUAGUAGACUGGUUCAUCAUUUCAGUUUCAGUUGAUUUUAGAAAGUUUCAAAUUAGGAAGAGGAAUUUUCUGUCCUUGUUCAAAAGUCCGCUUUAAAGGUUGUUUAUUUAUGUAAGAUCUCUCACACACACACAAAUCUUUCGAAAGGGUUUAUUAAUUAAACCAGUCUCUAUUUCAAUAAAUUAACGUAUUCUUAUUUUGUAAUCCAUGUGACCAACGAGUUAAGCUUUGAACUUGUGAGAAAAGAGGAAUGAUCACAACUUUUAAGUAACUAAUAAAGUAGCACUGGACAUA